AUGGUUUUGAAAUGUUCAGUAUGCCGCAAAAAAGUUCACAAUGCUAGAGGUUGUCCACUGGUAAAAGAAAGGCGGGACACAAGUUCAGGCUUGGAUAUUCCCCCGCUCAAUGAAGAAAUACAAACACUUCCAAGAAAGGGUUCCAAAAGGAAUAGUUCUGGUCUUACAUCUUUCGAGCAGCCCGAAAAGGUAAGCAAAAACCAAAUGGAGGUUAAACACAAAGAUCCACAGAUUGAGCUAAUGUCGAACCUCGAGGAUCAAAACCUGCAUGCGAUCUAUUGGUUUAAUGGUGGAGCAUUUUACAUUGGCGUGAACGGAUUGACGGCUCAAUUUCCAAGGCGACGACUCGAGGGAUUAACGGCCGAGAGGCCAGAGUCUGAGCGGUCCACGAUCGACGGGGUUCUAUCGGGCUCUGGCGGCGAACACGUGCGACUGCUCGGGGUAGACAGGGCUGGGAUAGCAAUUCUCCGCUGCGAGGUUACCUUAUCCGAUUUUCCUUAUGAAACUUGUGGGUUGUAUGAUGAUGAUUUGGAUUGCUGA